UGGCUGAGUUGGCGAGGGAGGUGCGGCAGCCACACGACGCUUCGCUUACGAUUACCCCCCCCCCCGGUGAGCCCCCGGGGGCGCCGCCCUCAUGGCGGCGAGCGCCGCGGGCGUGCCGGACGCCCUUCGCGAGACCGCGCCCGGGCGGCCGGCGAGCGGCGGCGUGGAGAGGACGUUGCUGCUGGAGGCGGCCGCGAGCCUCGCCAAGGCCCAGGAGGCCCAGGCCAGGCUCGCCGGGGCGCUGGACGCCCUGCUCCACGAGGGCUCCGCCCCAGACCUCCAGGAUGCCCAGAACGGCUCCGAGGUGCAGAGCCCACGGCCGGAUCCCAGCGUGGAGUCCGGAGUCUUGGUGGCCGCGAAGGCGACGAUGACCUCGGGCAUCAAGGACGUGAUGAACCACGACGAGCAGCUCUUUGCUGGUAGCCUGGCAUCUGGCGCCUGGCCAGCUUCGUUGCAGAUCAGAUGGGACGAGAGCAUGAAACCAGCCUGUAUGGACUUGCGCGGGGCCUCCAGUACCACACAGCUCCUUGAGAGAAUGGGCCAGUCCCCGCUGGCGGAGACGCCACCGCUGGAUGCGGCAUCGCACGCCCGUUUCUCCAUGCAACGGUUUGCCAUUCUCCACACUUCCCGCACGUACAUGUUGUACGGAUGGGUGAGUUGCUUUCUUCUUUUAUUUGAUGUUGUGGUCGUUCCAUGGAUGAUUGCUUGGGACGUUCCCCUGGUUGGUUUCCAGAGGGACAUGGCCUGGGUGACGACGUUGUUUUGGACUGCUGACAUCUGUGCCAGCUUCAUCACCAGUUUUCACCAGAACGAGAACGAGGAGCUGAUCGACCACAUUCCUACCAUAGCAAAGCGCUACCUGCGCUCAUAUUUUGCCAUCGAUGUGAUCAUCAUCACUGGCGACUGGGUGUCCCUAUUCCUCUCAAAGUCAGCUGGGUGGAGGGUGGCCCGCCUCGCAAAGGUUGGCCGGUUGUUGCGACUUGUGGUGCUAAUCCGCGUGCUAAAAGCCCCUGCCAUCGUGAAGAAAUUGGGGGAGAGAUUGUCGGACUACUCAAAGCUCGCGCUUCGUUUUGCAAAUAUGUUCGUGAUCACCGUUUCUUGUACACAUAUGAUAUCUUGCGCGUGGUUUUUCAUUGGGAGGUCGGUGCCGUCGGACACGGGUAUGAGUUGGAUUCGCACGUCCGAUUAUUUAACAGUAUCCGAAGAGAGCAUGUGGUAUCAGUACACCACUUCUUUCCACUGGGCAAUGGCUCAACUUUGCUUAGGAUCAAACGAGGUGGUGUGCACCACAAGUGUCGAAAGGAUGUUUUCUGUCAUGUGCAUGGUGGUCGGACUCUUGUUCGGCAGCACCCUUGUCUCAACGCUUUCCACAGCGAUGUUCCAGGUCCAAAUGGAUCAUCGUGACAACCACGUGAAGCUGAAGCAGAUGAAGACGUACCUGCACGAGAACCAGAUCGACCAGAGUUUUGCGGCAGAUGUGCAGACGCAGUUGCGAGCGCGGUUAGUCGCAAAGGACAGGGUCAAGGAAGAGGACGUUUACGGCUUGAAGCUUCUGUCUUCAGCUAUGCAGGCAAAAUUGAGGUGCGAAGUGUUCGUGCCGCGUAUUGAGCACCAUUCACUGUUCAAUGUAUGGGUCAGCGUAGACAGGACAUCCGCAGAGCAUUUCAUCAUCAGUCACAUGAAAUCUGUCCACCUCAUGCGGGAGGACGACCUCUUCUCUUCAGGCAAGAGAGCGGAUUGCGCCUACGUGCUGGUCACUGGUGGUUUGAAGUACACACAGUAUCCCGAACAUGCUCUCGUCGACGAAAUAAAAGAGGAGGACGUGAAGAGGGGCGGCCUGAUAUCCGAAGCGACCCUCUGGUGUCACUGGUUUCAUGUAGGCACCUCGCAGGCCACGCAGUUCUGCGACGUCGCGGAGAUGCGGGCCACGGGGCUGCAGGACGCUGCCAGGCAAAGCGAGGCGAUGUUCGAGCUUUGCAGGGAGUACUGCGAGCAGUUUCACCGGCGGCUGCAGGCAGCAAGGCCGCCGACGAUGCCUUGGCCCGACGAUCUCCAGGUGCCCCUGACGGAGUGGGGCGACAUGGUGUCUUCCAUGAGCGGAGAGACGAAGAGUCUCAUCGGCCUGGACGCCAUUCACAAGGCUGGUCUCAGGACGUGGAGCAGGUAUAACUCGCUCGCGGGCACGCUCACCACGGAGAUCCUGAGUGGCACCUCCAUCGUGGUGCUGGAGGCGAACUGCGAGCUGCGGCGCAUCGUGUCGCUCGUGGCGAUUCGGAUCCGCAACAGGCAGGGGCAGCUGCUGAUCGAGCUGGGCAGGAGCAGGUCGGGGACGAUGAUUACAGAGUGCCGGCUGCCGGGAGGGAAGCAGCACCAGGGCGAGCUCGUCAUGGAGAGUUUGCAUCGGCUGUUGGAGACGAAGAUGGCCUCGAUCGCCAGCAAUCUGGAAACCGUCAGGGUUGAUCGAGAGGUCGAGACGAAGCAGUCGGAGGAGUACCACAUUCGGACCAAAUACUUCCGCAACGUGGUGCACAUGUCAUACACGUCCGGACUGGCCUCGAUGCCAUCCGAAUGUUCCAACGAUAGUAUGUCUCCUGUAGCACUGCGUGACCUGAACUCCUCAGGGAGCAUCUCUCCAAAAGUUGUACGACAACGGACUAUUCGACACCGGACUAUUGCUGCCGCUGGCAUUCUCAUCCCGCAGGCAUCUCGUGAUGGUCAUCUUCCGUCGUGGGCGCCCGUCUUUCUGAAGAGCGACAAGAAUGAGGACACCGUGUAUGCAUGGCUGACAGAAUUGGAGUUUAGGAAUUUGCAGCGCCCAGGCUCAAAAGAGCUGAUAUCACGCUGGCUCAACGCAGCGAUGGCGAGACUCAAUGAAACGAACAUUGAUCACUACCCAGAGGAUCAGCAGGUGAUUUGAGUGCGAUUCCGGGAGCUCAGAGGUGGGCUCCUCACGAUUGCACUGGGGCCCUUCGGCGGGAGUCGGUGCGCGCCUCGGAGGUUCGCUGCCGGGCCUAGCAGCCCGCGGGAGCUCAGCAGGCGUUCUUCCGAUACGUGGCUUUUGUUCAGUGGUCUCGUCUGAGAAGCCCCGUUGUUGUUACACAUUUUAUGCGCCUGUUGGCGCGAGCCCGCGAGCGUGGUGGUCGACUAGCAUGAUGCUGCCAAUCUGGGCAGAGAGCUACAGCUCUCAGCCCAGAUAGGCAGUUGCCAUUGCCCCCCCUCCUCCGCACAGGUAUCUUCGUCUUCCUAGGUCUUCCUCGCUGUUCUUGCGACUCUCCUGGGUUGCAGCACGGGUCGUGGCUGUGCUUGUGCUCCAACAACAGGAGCUCGCCCGAGCCAGCCUGCCGAUCGCGAGGAGGCUUCCGUCCUCCCUUCUGGCUGUUCUGAAGCUAUUUUCACCUGGCCCAGAGGGCCUCCUCUCGGGCCGUUCUUUCCGCUGCGACGUGAGCGCCCCAUCACCAGAAGUGUGAUAGGCCUGCUGCGCAAAGCGGGCGACAACGUAUAGAUGCUAAUGCGUGCAAAAUGAGUGUUGUAAGCAUUCUGGGUCGGGGCCUCGGCGACGAGAGGCCCCCAUAUGUGCAUGGCGAUGCGUACCACCUCGUCGGCACCGGAGGCAUGGGUAGGGCCCACACAAGGCCCCCCCCCCAAAAGCCCCCGAUUCGCUUCCCCGAUGCCACGACGCUCCAACUGCGGGCGCCGUCCAUUCAGGUCGGCCUACGCACGCGCGAGUUUGCUGUGUCCUUUUCGAUCCUGAUUUACAGCCCCGUGUCCAGGGAUACUGCCUCCUCCUCCUCCUCCUGAGGGGCUUUCCGUUUCACGGCGAUCUCACCCCCAUUUUUCGAUCAUGCCGCAGUUAUUCAAGGUUCUUUUCAAUGACGCGUGCGAGGUUGCAGCCAUCCUUUGCUACUCCUUCUCACGCUGCGGCGUUGCCUUGCUGUGCUGAUGUGCAGUCAUCGACUUUGGGGUCACCCAUCCUUGCCGUCGAGAAAGAACAAAAGAUGCCGAUGGCGACUGCGAAAAUGGCGCUGAUGAUGGGAGUGAUGGAGGAUGAUUGUCAUGACGC